AUUUUAUAAAUUUUAUCACCGAUAAUCGAUCCUAUCUCUUAAUUAUUUACUCAUACCAUACUAAACACGGAAAUUUCUCUACAGUUACGGAAGAAACUUGUCUGUUUUUCAUCAAUGGUAUAUUGAUAUAACCUAAAAUUGCACGAGCAUGCCGCCGAAAAAGAAUGCUGGUGCCGCGAAGUCCAAUAAGGGUAAAUCCUCGGAAGAGAGUGGAAAAACAGAAAAGAAAGGUGGAAACGCAGUGAAAGUUAGACAUAUACUGUGCGAAAAACAAUCGAAGAUAUUGGAGGCAUUGGGAAAAUUAAAAGCUGGUCAAAAGUUCAAUGAAGUUGCAGCAACAUACAGCGAGGACAAAGCCAGAUCUGGGGGUGAUCUUGGUUGGAUGACACGUGGUUCCAUGGUAGGACCCUUUCAAGAUGCUGCCUUUGCAUUGCCAAUUUCUAAUUUGGCAUCUCCGGUUUAUACAGAUCCACCAGUGAAAACAAAAUUUGGAUAUCAUAUCAUAAUGGUAGAAGGUAAAAAAUAGCUUCAAAUACAUAUUUUUAAAGUUCUUUUAUAAAGUUGUUAUACAUAUUUGAUUAAGUAAAUAUGAUAUAUAUUAUUAAGCACUCUUUGUGAAAGUCUCUUGUUUAACAUCUGUGAUAUAUUAUAUAUAUCUUUUAUUAAUAAACAUAAUUUUAUGCAAUUUAAAUUUUUAUAUAAGAGGAAGACAUAGUUUAUACAUUUUACGUAAGCAGUUAAAAAUUAAUGUUAUAAAUAUAAAUGAACUGCUGUGUUUCUUAAUAAUAAAAAAAUAUGGAAUCAUUUAUUAUUCAUGAAUUUAUUGCUAUCUGGAAUGUACAUUAGUAUAUAUAUUAUUUUAGGAAUGUACUUAUUUCAUAUAUCUUUUUGUAAUAAUCUAAGAAUUGUGUGUGU